UGCAGCUCGAGCCCGGCGCAUCAGUAGCGCGAAUACUGUCAAACGCGGACACCACGGAAACCCUUACAAGUAGCGGAGAAGGACUACGCUUGUUACUUUUUUCUUUUUAAUUUUUUUUGGAAAGGGGAAACAAUACAUUUACAUUUCUUCUAAUUGUUGCUAUGUCGAUAGAACCUCAAACUUAAUAGUGACUAUUUUAACCCAGAAAAAAUAUAAUAGGCUUUAUAUUUCACCGGAACAGCCAAUGCGCAGGAUAUUUUAAGGAGGUUCAAAACACAUGUAAAGACGGAACCACUACAGCAAUCAAGAGCUGGUUCGGAAGAGCGCCACCAGCCAAGCUCCGACCCACGAGUACCGGACACAUCCUCCGAGGCGUCUGCCGAUACCCGGACCAUCUCCCGUAUCGCUAACAAACCCACCACAAUUCAGCGAGCAAAACUCACGCGAGAUCUAUGGCAUUGAAGCGAUGAGCAAACACGCGCACUUAUGGGAACAACUGCAUUUUGUCCAUCUAAAAUGCACUCCCCGAGACAUGCCUUGUGUACAGGCUCAGUAUGGCCCUGCUCCCCCGGGGUCCAGCUACUCCUCCCAGUCCGUCGGUUACCACGGAGACUACGGCUCUGACCUCAUGAACCCUGACUAUGCCAAGCUGGAGUUGGGCGCCGGGGAGAUCUCGGCGGCGGCCACCACCUCUCUGCCCAGCUUCAACGUGUUUGUGGAGAGCAGCUACGACCCGCCCAAGCCCUCCUGCCUGUACCAGCUGCCUAUGGCGCGCUCCGCCAUCAAGAAGGAGGACGAGCCGUACGCCUCCGGGCCGGCGCUCUCCAUGGGCCAGAACGAGGACGCGCUGGCCGGCGGCUCCAUGUACUUCAAGCAGUCUCCGCCCUCCACCCCGCCCACCCCGCUCCCGCCCGGCCCCCCGGGAGGCGCCUUCCUGUGGGAGGAGCCUCAGUCCCUGCAGCCCCUCCCCCAGCCGCAGCGAUUCGCUCACUUCUACGAGCAGUCGCCCGCCGCCACCUACGAGGGCAUGAGCCUGCAGGUGCGCCCCGAGCGCUCGCCCUCCGACGUGCACGGUCACGGCCACCCGCAGGCGCACCCGCACACGCACAUGUACCCGCUGGGCAUGGGCAAGGCCGGGGGUCUGCCGUUCCGCUCGCUGGCCACCAUGGGGGGGUGCCCGGCACCCCUGCCCUCCCCUCCCACACGGUCCAGCACGGGCGAGGGGACGUGUGCCGUGUGUGGAGACAACGCCGCCUGCCAACACUAUGGGGUGCGCACCUGUGAGGGCUGCAAAGGCUUCUUCAAGAGAACUGUUCAGAAGAAUGCCAAGUACGUCUGUUUGGCCAGUAAAAACUGCCCAGUGGACAAGAGACGGCGGAAUCGUUGCCAGUAUUGCCGCUUCCAGAAGUGUCUGAGUGUGGGGAUGGUAAAAGAAGUGGUCCGUACAGAUAGCCUAAAAGGCAGGAGGGGUCGUCUGCCGUCCAAACCAAAGAGCCCUCUGCAGACGGACCCGUCCCCCCCCUCGCCGCCCAUCAGCCUGGUCAGCGCUCUCCUGCGCGCCUACACACACUCCACCCCCCGGGAGCUCGACUACAGCCAGUUCAGCGCUGUGGAGACCAUGGGUCUGUCCGAGGCACAGCAGGUGCAGCUCUUCUACCGCCUGCUGACCUGCUCCAUGGAGGUGACGCGCGCCUGGGCUGACCGCAUCCCCGGCUUCUCCGAGCUCAACCGAGAUGACCAGAACACGCUCAUCGACUCGGCCUUCCUGGAGCUGUUUGUGCUGCGCCUGGCCUACAGGUGGGUGCUGCCGGAGGAGAAGCUGGUGCUGUGUAAUGGCUUGGUGCUGCACCGGCAGCAGUGUCUGCGGGGCUUCGGGGAGUGGCUGGACUCCAUCCGAGACUUCAGCGCCAACCUGCAGAGCCUUGGGCUGGACCUGACCGCCUUCAGCUGCCUCUGUGCCCUGGUGCUGCUCACAGAUCAGUGUCCUGGUCUGAAGGAUCGGAAGCGUGUGGAGGAGCUGCAGAAUAAGGUGCUCUGUUCUCUGCGGGAUCACCUGAGCUUCGGCUCCAGCGCUGGCGGGGCCGCGGCAGGGAAGGCUCCCCCCUCGCUGAACCGCGUGGUGGGGGUGAGGGCUGAGCUCCGGACCCAGCGGACCCAGGGCCUCCAGAGAAUCUUCUACCUGAAGCUCGAGGACUUGGUUCCUCCCCCUGCAGCCAUCGAUAGGUUCUUGGAUACACUGCCCUAUUAGAGCCCCCCCCACCCCUCGCUCGUCCAAAUGCAAAGACUUGCCCACUGUUCCAGACGGGGGGGUGCCAUCAUCAGCAGAAUUAGCUGUGGACGACAGGACUUUUGUCUGGAAGGAGGCCGCACUACAACGCCCAUGAUCUCCCAUAUACGCACACAGGACGUACGAUAUCGGUCGGAAAAAAGAAACAUACAAACCUACAACAACAAAACAAUCAGAACAUUUCUUAUAGUCGGUACGAUGGAGUGUGCGUGGGUGGGUGGGUAUGUAUGUGCACAGACAUGUGUUAUGAGUGUGUAUUUUGAGCCUUGACGGUGUGAAUCUGAUGUCACAACACAAAUUCACACAAGCCCCUCCUCAUCACUCCUACUCAGACGUGGACCCCCUCUGCAAGAGACUCUAUCUGUCCACGUGUGUCUUCUUGUAUUGUGGCCCAAAACAGAACACAACUCACCAUUGUAAACACAUGCAAAUAAAAAUGACAUACAAAAAAAUGCCCACCCACACUCAGUCACACACACACACACACACACACACACACACACACACACACACACACACACACACACACACACUCAGUCACACACACACACACACACACACACACACACACACACACACAGACACACACUCACAUCCACAAACACACGUUCGUAGAGCAUAGGCAGAGAGGGUAGUGAACAGCUCCUGCGUAUAAGUGCAAUUUCUGAAGUGCUUUCCCCACAGGAUCACACUGCAAAUCCAGCUCUGUAGUUGACAUUAGCUGACAUGAAUACUAAGACUCCGUCCUUAGAGCCACUGCCCGCAAGGCCAAAGGUCGGGGCCAACCACAGACAGCGCACAGCACUGCGCUGUGCCGCGCUAACCUUUCUACGACAACGGAGCUCCUCAGAACUUGAAUUUGCUGUAGUAUUUUUAUAUUGAAAAUAAGACAUGAAAUAAAUAAAAAAAAAACGCAGAAAAAACGUAGGGCUUCAAGACGACGGAACACCAGUGUGAGUCAGUGGGAGGGGGAGGGGGGUUACUGAGCACUUAAAGAAAGAUACAGAGACACAGAGAGAGGAAGAGAGGGAAAGAGGGAGGGGUGGAGGGAACAGAGGAGGGAGGAGAAAGAGACCGAACGAGAGAUUGGGAGCAAGAGGAGACAAAGGAAAGGGAGGAAGGGUGAAGAGAAGGGGUGAUACAUUCCGCAUUAAUAUGUCUUUUGUAUGUUUAUAUCAUUGAUGCCAUUUAUUGACAAUGAGGACUUUGUUGUUUUUGAUUUGUACAGAGGAAGAGGGUUUGUGCAUGGGUGUGUGUGUUUGCGCUUGCCUGUAUUUAUUGCAAAAGACUGCGGCGCUGAGAGAACUCUUUACAGCCCACCCAAGACAGAUUCAACCUAUAUAAAUAUAUAAAUAUAUUACCACACAAAAAAAAACUAAUAUUUUGAAGUGUUUAUAUCUGAUAGCCUUUUUCAACUAUUGUGGUACAACUUGUGCAUUAUUUUGUUUCUUUUUUGAAGAAGAAAUGGAAAAGAUUUCCACUGUCUCUUGGUUUGGUUUUAUUUUUGUCUCUUUGUUUCACUGGAGGUUCUGCUCAGCACUUUGACAUGAUAAAAUAGUUUAA